AUGGGAGAUGCAUCGAAUCUUCUAAGACAUUCAUAUCAGUUAGUGCAACAAGCAACUGCACACGAUAGAACUGGGAACUAUCAAGAAGCCUUAAGAUUAUAUUUAACAAGUUUAGAGGGUUUUGUCUCUGCAUUAAAGAUUGAAAAGAAUGAAAAGGUUAGAGCAACUUUAAAACAAAAGAUGAAUGAAUAUAUGGAUAGAGCAGAGACAUUGAAAGAGAUUAUAGAGAAACGAAAGGGUGGUAUACAUUCUGAACCAUGUUGUGUAAAUUCAAAUAGUGAUUUAGUAUUACCGAGUGUUCCAACCACUUCAUUAUCAUUACCAAGUGUACCAAAUACAUUACCAGGUGGUGUUGAUUAUGUAGUUCAACCAACAGCACCAAUUAUUGAAACACCCUAUGUACCUAAUGUACAGCAACAUCAUCAACAACCGAAAAGAGGAAGUGCAGGAGGUGGAGCAGGUCAAUUGGUGCAAUCGAGAAGAAUAGAGUUUGGACAGACAGGAUGUAGUUACGAUUCAUUAUUUGGACAGUAUUUAGCUUCGGCUACCAUCUAUAUGAUAGAGGAUCCAUACAUCAGAGCAAGACAUCAAAUCGAUAAUCUCAUUCGGCUUUGCGAGUUGAUUGUUAAACGCUCGAAUUCACAAAACUCUGGUAGACCUAUACAAGUUAAACUGGUGACAACCUCUGAAUCUACCACACAAGAAGAUGAAGUUAAACUUAAUUUCAUAAUGGUAAGUAGAGUUGUUAUUGUGAACACAAAGAGUAUGAUGAAAUAUAAUGUAUCAUUUGAUUUUGAAUUCAUUACAACGAGUACUAUUAAGGAUACAUCUGUUAUUACAACCAACAGAGGAUUAACUAUAAAGAUUAGUAGAGGUCUGGACAUGUAUUAUAAACCUGACAGUUUAGUUAGUAUUGGAGGUUACAACGAUGAUUUAAGACCUAUCAAACACACCAUUAAUGGAUAUGUUAAGCAAUAA